CCGAGCGGCUGGCCCGGGCGCCGACUGCGGAGUCGCCCGAAAGGCUGGAGGAUGGACAUGCUGGGGAUUGUUCGCAUUCUCUCUCUGAUGCUGGUGUCGCUGCUGCUGGACAGUGCGCGCGGCUUGUAUGGCGAAGAGUGGUAUUGGUUUUCAUUUUUGCAAACCUCUUUCAUGUCUGUCUCAAUAGAUGACAGUCGGAGUCUCGUAGCUACUUCUGCAUUCAGUCUUGCCAUAUCACACGUCACGUAGCCUCUGGAAAAAUCCACUGUACACUCAUGAGAGAAAGAAUGGAAAAGUCAGUUAUGGCUUAGUAUAUUAUGAAAGCAGUUUUGACUAAAUGGACCCUGGGGUCUCCCCAGACCACACUUUUGAGAACCGCUGAUUUAGAACGUUUUUCUUAUUAUAAAAGAAAUUCCAUAUGCAUUGUGGAAAAACUUUAAACAUUCAGAAAGCUGGACAGAAGAAAAUGAAAACGGCCCAUCAUGUUACAAUCCAGUGUAUUUGUAUUUUAGUGAGAAAGUGUAGCUGCUGACUGGUGGCUUGGAUUCAAGGCAGGUUGGGCAGAUGUAAGUAGCCUUCAGGUUUUGAAUGGGGACAAGAAAGCUCUGAUAUCCAACAAAGCUGACCCCGGUUCCUGGUUGCAGGCGGAGCUGACCUGGAACCCUCUCCUUGGCCACUGUCCUUUCUAAGGAACUCACCUUCCAGAGCCCGCCUGCACAGAACUGACAGGGGACCUUCUUAGGAGCAGAGAAAAUGGUGAUCUUCAGGCAGCUGCCCCUGGGUGUGAAGGCCGCCCUGGCCGCUGGCACUGUCUUCGUGUCCAUGAUUAUCUCCCGCUCCUAUCUGGCGGAGAGCCUUGAGCUCAGGGCCUGGCGUUGGCUGUUCCGCCUGCAGCUCGCCCUGUUUGCCAAUUCACUCAUGCUUAUUGGCUCCCUCUACAUCUGGCGUAGUGCAGUCAGCAACCUUAGCCAUUCCCCAGCUGCAGCGUCGGCCUGCUUUCAGCUCUGGAAGAUGGCUGUUGUGACAUUUCUGGCGCUGGCCCAUUCCAGUUUCUUCACCAUGCUUUUUUUAGUGGCCGAGGAGCCCUAUCUCUUUUCCUUGGCUGCCUACUCCUGCCUUGGGGCAUACAUCAUCAUGGUCUUCUUCCUCUGUACCCUCAGCGGCAUGGAGCAGGCCUACCAGUUCUUGGCCUGGCGCAGUGGUAGGGUCGUGAGCAGCCUUGACAACACAAGGAAGCUGGCACUCAGGCCGGCCCUGGCAGUGGUGGUGACCGCCGUGCUCAGCAUAGUUGGGCUUCUGAAUGCUGCCCAGCCCCCUGCCGUGAAAACCGUGGAGGUGCCCAUCCAUCAGCUGCCCCCAUCUAUGGACCACCUCAAGAUUGUACUCCUCUCAGAUAUUCACUUGGGCCCCACCGUGGGCAGGACCAAGAUGGAGAUGUUUGUGAGAAUGGUGAACACGCUGCAACCGGAUGUCACCGUGAUUGUGGGUGACCUCUGUGAUUCAGAAGCCUCGAUCCUCCGGACGGCGGUCGCUCCUUUGGGCCAGCUUCAUUCACGCCUUGGCACCUACUUUGUCACGGGGAAUCACGAAUACUACACGUCAGAUGUCAGCAACUGGUUUGCGCUGCUGGAAUCCUUGAAUGUCAGGCCGCUGCACAAUGAGAAUGUGAAGAUUUCUGCCACACGGGCCCAACGUGAUGGUGGUGGUAAGGAUGACGACUGGAUCUGCUUGGCUGGCGUGGAUGACAUUGAAGCAGACCUCCUGCACUACUCUGGCCAUGGCAUGGAUCUCGUGAAGGCCCUGGGGGGCUGCAGCCCAGAUCAUACCACCAUCUUGCUAGCUCACCAGCCCCUGGCUGCCAAGAGAGCCCUUCAGGCUCGGCCAGAUAUUAACCUGAUCCUUUCUGGGCACACGCAUGCUGGACAAAUCUUCCCCUUGAACGUGGCGGCCUAUCUACUGAACCCUUUCUUUGCUGGUCUCUACCAGGUGGCCCAGACCACGUUUGUAUAUGUCAGCCCAGGCACGGCCUACUAUGGGAUACCCAUGAGAUUGGGGAGCAGGGCGGAGAUUACAGAGCUCAUCCUGCAGCGGGCACCCUGAACCUGGCCUGCCCUCUAUGCUCUCACUGCCCUUGCCCUUCAUUGUCCAGCACUCUUCAAAGCGGGUUUACUCCCUCCAGCCUUUCCUGUCCAGCCCUGCCAACACACCCUUGUCACAAGCUGGGCUCGAACAGUGAUUUGUGGUGGGGCUGCCUGGCAAGUUCAAGCAGGUUAACUCUGUAGGUGGCCAGUUUGUGAGGCCACUAAAGUCACACGCGUAAGAACAGGCAUCUGUUUUUCAGAUGACGUGGAGUAAGCCGCCUUCCUCUGCAGAGCUCCCAGGAAUAAAUCGAAAUAUGGGGUUGCUUGAAAGGGAUACCUCUAGAAAGCAGAGGAGGGAAGGAACUCUGAGUGUUGUUAAACCGUCUUUAGGACUUAGGCAGUUUCCAGAGCUUUCUGGGGAAGGGGCAUGUUGCUAGCUAAUCUAGGAGAGCAGCCGAGAAGGACGUCCCUCUGGCUGCUAGAGAAGAAUGUUUUCUUUUCCCCCUUGGUUCUAUCUCAGUCACCUUGAUUGAGGGCAUCAGCAAAACCCACUGGAAUUCAGGGCUCAUCCUGUUCCAGACCUUGAGUGAUGCUAUUUAAGCUGGGCCUCUGGGAUGGGGGGGUGGGCUGAAGAGAAACGUGAGCACUGUGGUCGGUGAUGGUGAGAGUACUGCUGCAUCUGAGGGUGUUUGCCUCCCUUGUCUCCUUUUAUACAGCACUUCUGUGUUCUGUAUAAUUAGCGACUUUUCCCUGCUUAGAGAUGAGGAAACUGAGGCAAAGAGCGGUAGGUAGGGCAUUGGCAACAUGACAAGGUAUGUAGGAGAUUCUGGGCUAGAAGCCACGUCUUCUACCUCCGAAUGAAAGUGUUCUUCGUACUGUCCAAUGGUUAAGUAGCUGCAUCUGUUACAGGCCAGUAGAGGAUUCAAACCGUUAACAGUGUAAAGAGAACUUCAUCGGCCCAUGAACUUUCAAAGUGGUUUGUUUGAGGCUGAUUUCAAUUCACGCAUAACCACAUGGGCCAGAGCCUGGAAGGGAGUUGGCUAGUUUCAGGGUAGGAUGUCUGUUACAUUGGAGGAAGAAUCAGGAAGUUGGGGUGCCCCACCCCAGGUUUGGGUCUGAUUAUUUUCUGAGAAACAGGUUCACUCUCUUCUAGUGGGGAAGUUGCAUGGGGAGUGGCAGGGCUUUGUGCUCUGACAGGGAGGCCUUCCCUCCCGCAGGGCCCUGGUUGUGGAAUGCUGGGACUGUCCUUCCUACUGGAUGGCUUCCUACCCCCUGGCCUGACCUCAUCAGAACUAUCCUAGGGCUCUGGCCGCAGAAUCAUAAGGCAAUGUCUGCUGUUCAGUGGACACAGAAAAACAAGCCGAUGUUACCCCUGUAAGGUUAUCGCUGUAUCCGGGGCGAGCCCACCUCUGUUGGCCCUGCCCUUGUGUCACAUGUAAGAGACCCUACCCUGGGUGGCAAUAGCGUAUUCCUGUUAGGGAAAGCCUCACUGAGAAGCCUGAGGUCCCAGGCUCAGCAUUGACCUUUCUGUGACUGAGCGUCUUUCUCUGAUGGGGAACACAGACGCCGCUCUGACUGGAGAGGUUCUCACUGCUGCUCACUGGUCAGGUAGUGUCGGGCAAAUGGCUUGAUUGACCUCGCUGAGCCUCGGAUUCCCUCACCCUAAGAUGAGGAUAAUGACCCUAUCUAUCUCAAGAUUGUUUCAUGGGUAAGGUUCUGAGACCUGGCGCACGAGUUGACACAGGAAGCAUUCCAUGGUGUUCAUUUGUAAGCACCACUCUGGGGCAUGCAUGCGAAGGAACUGUGUUGGGCACAGGUGCCCCAGGAAUUUAUGGAGCAGCCAUCCUGGGGAAUGUGAGUGGGUAGCAUGCCACCUGCUGCUGGGGCCCAGCGAUUUGUGAAAGCAGCGACUACAGGGGGUUUGCUUCCCUCUGCCUCUGUGAAUGUCAACUCGAGCAUGCUCUGCCUGGCCAGAGGGCGUUUCUUCAUUUUCCUCUUUGUCCCUCUGGUGGAUAAUGGAAUCCUG